AUGGGCAAGUUGCAGCAGGUCAUAGCAGCAACAAAUCCCAUGAAGGCACAGAUGGGAAAGCUGAAGCAGGUCAUAGCAGCGGCAACAAAAAUAGCAGCAAAAAGAAAGAAAAACUUCAAUACUUGAUGCUGCUUGGGAUCCUGGCUGCAAGUAUGACAUACCAGACUGGCCUAAAACCACCGGGUGGCCUAUGGCAGGACAACAAUGAUGGGCACUAUGCUGGCAACCCCAUUCUCCGUGACAUCAACAAGGACCGGUACAAUGCUUUCUUCUACAGCAACGCGGCCUCCUUCAUGGCCUCAAUUGUGGUUGUCGUCAUGCUGCUUCCAUUGACGUUGUUGCCCGAGAAAUACACAAUAGAGUCAUCCGAGAAAGACACAAACCUGUCCAAGAAAGACGCAGAGACACCCGACGAAGACACACAGUCGCUUGACAAAGUCCUGAACUUGCCCAAAGAAGAGACAGAGUUGCCUGACGUAGUCCCAAAGUCAGCCGAGGAAGACCCGAAGCUGCCUGAAAAAGACACAUGGCCACUCUGGCCGAUGCAUACGGCCAUCUUGCUGGACAUGAUGGGCCUCCUGGUGGCAUACGCAGCAGGCAGUACUAGGAAAUGGGAAACAUCCAGGAACAUCAUGGUCCUCGCCGUUCCUGUGUUGGCCUACAUUGGGCUCUAUGUAGCACUGUCAGUCUUCCGCCAUAGAAAAGAAGAGUCCACAGCCCCCCCACCUGCGGUACAGCCGUGGAAUCAUUGCAAGACGUGCAUGAGUGUUGGGUCAACCUUGGUCUUCCGGUGCACACAACGGCAGCAGCAGCAUUUACGUCUCAGAUGCAUGCAUGGCUGCAUGUCGGCACGGCAGCAAGUAAAAAUCUUUUUACUAGCAAGAGCAGCAGGCGUGCCUUAG